GCAGGAAAGCGGCCCUCGAGGACCGGCGGCCGCCCACAGCAGUUUAUGGUAUUCGGGACAAUGUUUUCUUUGUCGUAACUGAAAGUUGGAGUCGCUAGCAAAAGCGCAGAAAAGCAUGGCAUGCCUGGAAUUGAACCCCAUACUGCUACUAUGAGGCCGACAAAACCGCCACUGGGUCAUUGUGUCGCCUUACGUCUUUACGUAAGCCAGAAGGGGUUUUUCCCCAAUGAUCCUGAGCAGGACGCGGAAUAGGCAAGAUGGAUUUUCCCCUCACUUUUUAACUUCCUGAUAACAAUGGCAGGUUACAGCCAUUCUUCCCAAUUCCCAGUAGACCUGAGCCCAGAGGAGCGCUCAGAGCUGGAGGACAUCCGCAGAAGGAAGGGGGUCCUGUUACAGGAGAUCCAGAGGCUCCGCGAGGAGCUCAGGGAGGCCAUUUUGGAGGUGGAGGGGCUGGAGGCCAGCACAGAGGGCAGUAAAACCCUUCAGAAAAAUCGACAUGUGGCGAUGGGAAGGAAGAAGUUCAACAUGGACCCUAAAAAGGGCAUCGUGUUUCUCGUGGAGAACGAGCUGCUCAGACACACUCCGGAGGACAUCGCUCAGUUCCUCUACAAAGGCGAAGGCCUCAACAAGACGGCCAUCGGCGACUACCUCGGAGAAAGGGACGACUUCAACAUCAAAGUGCUGCAGGCCUUCGUUGACCUGCACGAGUUCACCGAUCUCAACCUCGUCCAGGCCCUCAGGCAGUUUUUGUGGAGUUUCCGUCUGCCCGGUGAAGCCCAGAAGAUUGAUCGGAUGAUGGAGGCAUUUGCCCAGCGAUACUGUCACUGUAACCCCGGCGUCUUCCAGAGCACCGACACGUGUUACGUGCUGUCCUUCGCCAUCAUCAUGCUCAACACCAGCCUCCAUAACCCCAACGUGAGGGACAAGCCGGCCGUGGACCGCUUCAUCUCCAUGAACCGAGGCAUCAACGACGGAGGCGACCUGCCCGAGGACCUCCUGCGCGUAAGGCGAAGCUUCCGCCCCCCCCGUCCGCCGCACCGCCGCGCGGCGCUCGCCCCUGAUUUCUCUCUCUUCUCGCUCCAGAACCUCUACGAAAGUAUCAAAAACGAGCCCUUCAAGAUCCCCGAGGACGACGGCAACGACCUCACGCACACCUUCUUCAACCCCGACAGAGAAGGCUGGCUGCUCAAGCUCGGGGGGCGGGUGAAAACCUGGAAACGCCGAUGGUUCAUCCUCACAGACAACUGCCUCUACUACUUUGAAUACACGACGGACAAAGAACCUCGAGGCAUCAUCCCCUUGGAGAACCUCAGCAUCCGCGAGGUGGAGGACCCGCGCAAACCGAACUGCUUCGAGUUGUACAUCCCCAACAACCGCGGUCAACUCAUCAAGGCGUGCAAGACGGAGGCGGACGGCCGCGUGGUGGAGGGAAACCACAUGGUGUACCGCAUCUCCGCCCCCACGCCCGAGGAGAAGGACGAGUGGAUCCACAGCAUCAAGUCUGCGGUCAGCGUGGACCCCUUCUACGAAAUGCUCGCUGCCAGGAAGAAACGUAUAUCGCUGAAGAAGAAAGAAGAGCAGGCCUAGAGUGUUACCCGCGCCGCCCCCCUCCUUUUUCGCCUCCCUCCGAACUCCUCGUCGUCCCCGCGGCCGCCACGUUGAACACACUGGCCGGCAUCCGCGCGGGCGAGGGACCGCCGUGCCGUCCUCGAAACGAGAACUCUUCGGAAAAUUCUAGCUGCAAAGGCUCAUCACAUGGCAGUGCCCCCCCCCCCCGCCCCCCCAAGUAUGUGCAAUUUUUUUGGGUUUUUCUUUUGGUGGUCUUUCUGGGGUGCCACCAGAUUGCGACAAAACAUGGUCUCCUAUAAAAGCGGUGCUUUGGUGUCAUCUUGUGAUAAUCGCGUGUCGAGGCACUAUGUCGACGUGAGUGGAGGAGCUUCCAGUCGCACUGGACGGGCCGAAUGUCCCAACUUGUAGCAUCCUGCGGAAGCUAUAAGCAUUGGCUGGGGGGGCGGGGGGGGGGGGCAUUCAUGACUUGAUCCGGGGAAGGGCUCGCUCCAUCCCCAUCCCGCCGCAAGUGCUUUGUCACAACGCUUUCCUGUUUUAUUGGCCUCAAUCAAAGCCCCCCCCCCCCCCCCCCGCACUUCAGCUUCCAGCCCAGCCCAACACAACCAAAAGCCGCGAAAUGGCGACAAUAAAGCUCCUCAACUCGCCGCUUUUCUAUGAGGCAGGGCAAUGGCAUGUCGAGUAGAAGCUCCUCCCAUCACUUCAACGUGGCUCCUCGGCACAAAGAUGCCAGAGGAUGGCGCCAAAGAACAACUUUUGUGUGCUUUGGCGCCACCCUGUGGCAUCUCGGGUGUAGGAUGAAAGCACUUUUUUUUUUUUGAAAUCAGCCAGAGCUUUGAAUACAAGCUCCUUCUCUCACUUUUGCCAUCGUGGGACCAGAAUGGUGCCAAAGCACCACUUUUCUAUUUAUACUUUGAUGCGAUUCGAGAACAUUUGAGAAAAUACACCAAGCAAAGUCAACAAACAGAGAAUAAGUCCAAAAAAAACCAACAACAACAUGAAUUUACGAGAGAAUCAUGACUAGGCGGGGGCGGGGGACACUUAUUAAUAAGCAAUUAUCGGAUUUAGCUCCCCCCCCUCUGAAAAAAACAAAGUCCUCAUUACUCCAGCCUCCAUUCUUGACAAGUAGAUGGAAGAGGUGACAUUUUGACCCCCCCCCCCCCUCAUCCAAGGCAGCUCAUGACGUUGUACGCCUUUUUUUUUCCUCUUUAUGUUCUUGUAAAUAGACGUUCGCAUCUUUGUUUACAGCACACCCGGAGAGACCAUUUAAUUUAUUGUUCCCCGUUUUGUACAAGCUACUGUUAGGAGCACACGUAGACGUGCGCAAAGUCGCCAACGAGUCUUUAGCGUGCCUAGAAGAAGAGCCGCCGGGAUACGUGCCGUUUUGCCCGGUGAAGCACAAGCCUCCGUGAAAUAAUCCCACCUUGUUUUCUUGCAUUUCUUCGGCUUCCGUCCAGGUCGAACCAGUCCAGUCCUGCGACCUUGUUUUAAAUGAACCGGAUUUGACACGUUGAUGCUUUUUGUCGACGCUAACUGAACUCAAGAUGCGUUAAUUGUUUUCACUGCACUUUAUUAGUUCCUUGCGCCUGCCGCGUGCGUUGGUGAAUCAGCUCGCCAAUAAGUGAGGGCGGGGCUAGGGGAACCCCAUGCAGGCCAAACUCGGAGGGAAGUCUUCUAAAAAAAUUCAAUCUUUCGAUCAUAUUUUGAUGGCCCCUGUUGGAAAAUAAAAAAAACGGGUUCCCCACCGCACGUUGAUACAAAACGCGAUCACCUGCUCUCAUUCAAGUUCAAAAGGUCACGACCUUCAUGCUCUGUAGGUGGGUUUUUUUUCUUCUCUAAAUAUUUUACUUCUUGAUUCCAAAAAAAAAAAAAAAGGUAGCAUGAGACUGAAUGAUGACGCUGAUCGCAUUUGGACCUUUUGUAGCCGCGGCGACGGCCAAGCGGAUGAACACAAACUUUGUGAGUUGCCUUUACGUUAGUCGUUUCUCUCCCAAAGCUUGCAAAGGCCCGGCCGGCCUUCUGCCAAUCCCGUACGUGCUUUUUGUGUAUUUGCCUGUGGGCCUUCUUCGACCUUCUGGAAGUUCUUGAAGUGCAAAGUUGCCAAAAAAAAGGAAAAAAGUCAAAAGAUCCAAGUGUUACAAACUGCACAGCAAAACUCUUUUGUUUCUGAGCCACCUCUUUCUGAAAAUGUCUUUAUUUUCUAUUUAUUUAUUGACUUAUGCCGAAGUGAAGAUGGAGCUAGAUAUGAUGUAAAUGUAGCAAAUGGUGCGAACCGCACACACACACACACACACACACACACACACACACACACACACAUAUACAUUGGUGCCAGUAAACUACAGUGACAAUAAAAAGGUGAUGAUUGACUGUU